UCCUCGCGGUGCCCUUCAGCUGCCGCCGCAGUUCCCGGGGCGCCACAUGGACCCGGCCGGCCCGAGCGCGCUCUGCCGCUGACCGCCCGCCCGUCCGACGCCCGCGCCCCGGCCCCAGGAAGGCAGAGGACUCCUGGCCACACUCACAUGUGAGCUACGACUCGCUGAGGACCAGCUGAGGACUCAAAGCCAUCGCCAUGGAGUUCGUGAUGAAACAGGCCCUGGGAGGGGCCACCAAGGACAUGGGGAAGAUGCUAGGGGGUGAUGAGGAGAAGGACCCCGACGCAGCCAAGAAGGAGGAGGAGCGGCAGGAGGCGCUGCGGCAGGAGGAAGAGGAGCGCAAGGCCAAGUACGCCAAGAUGGAGGCGGAGCGCGAGGCCAUGCGGCAGGGCAUCCGCGACAAGUACGGCAUCAAGAAAAAGGAGGAGCGUGAGGCCGAGGCCCAGGCAGCCAUGGAGGCCAAUUCGGAGGGCAGCCUGACUCGGCCCAAGAAGGCCAUCCCACCAGGCUGCGGGGACGAGCCCGAGGAGGAGGACGAGAGCAUCCUGGACACAGUCAUCAAGUACCUGCCUGGGCCGCUGCAGGACAUGUUCAAGAAGUAAAGCCCCAGAGCUGGACAGCACCCGCCCCCUCGCCCCCCAUCCUGCCCUCCGCGGAGGCCCCCGAGGGGGUGUCGGGAGCAGAGUGCACCCCCAGCGCCAAUACAAGCCAUAGUCCUAGGUCUCUCCCCAUAUUCCCCCGCUCAGGCCGUGGGACCCUCCGCCCACCCCUCACCCCCACCCCUCCCCGCACUGCCGUUGCCACCGCCACGGAGGGAGGGGCGCC